AUGACGCAGCCAGAGAAGACGUGGUGGAAGGACGGCGUCGUCUACCAGAUCUACCCGGCGAGCUUCAAGGACUCCAACUCUGACGGUUUGGGCGACAUACCCGGGAUCAUCAGCAAGGUCGACUACCUCGCGGACCUGGGCGUGGACAUCGUCUGGGUGUCGCCCAUGUUCGAGAGCCCGCAGGUCGAUAUGGGCUACGACAUCUCCAACUACGAGGCGGUGCACGCGCCGUACGGGACCGUUCAGGAUAUGGAAGAACUGAUCGCAGCGUGCCACGCCCGCGGCAUGCGCCUGAUCCUCGACCUCGUCAUCAACCACACGUCAGACCAGCACGCCUGCUACUUCAGUGGCAGCGCAUGGACGUGGGACGAGAGCUUCGGCGAAUACUACCUGCACCUCUUCGCGCCCGAGCAGCCGGACCUGAGCUGGGAGAACCCGGAAGCGCGGGAGGCCAUCUACGACAGCGCCAUGCGGUUCUGGCUCGACCGGGGCGUCGACGGGUUUCGGGUCGACUGCGUCAACAUGUACUCCAAGGGCACCGAGCUGCCGGACGCGCCGGUCGUGGACGCGGGCGUGUUCGAGCAGCCGUCGUGGUCGAUACAUGCUAACGGGCCCCGCAUGCACGAGUUCCUGCGCGAGAUGAACGAGAUGGUGCUGAGCCGGUAUGAUACCAUGACGGUGGGCGAGCUGCCGCAUACGCCGGAUGCGGACCAUGUGCUGCGGUAUGUCAGCGCGGGCGAUCGGCAGAUGGAUAUGGUUUUCCAGUUUGACUUUACCUUCAUCGCGGGUACCGACGCCUGGACGACCGCUUUCUGCGAGAACCACGACCAGGGGCGCUCCGUGUCCCGGUACGGAAGCGACGACCCGGCGUACCGCGCCCUGUCGGCCAAGAUGCUGGCCAUCAUGAUGUGCGCCCUCACGGGCACGCUCUUCGUGUACCAGGGCCAGGAGAUCGGCAUGAUCAACAUCCCGCCGGAGUGGGCCAUCGAGGCGGACUACAAGGACAUCGAGGCCCUGAACUUCUACCGCAGCGUGCAGCAGGACCCCAACUGCGCCGCCGAGGCCCUCGAGUACGCCCGCAGGAGCAUCCGCAUCCUAGGGCGCGACAACGCCCGCACCGCCAUGCAGUGGGACGCGUCAGCCCCUUUUGCCGGCUUCACGGACUGCCCCGAUGGGCCCUGGAUGCGCGUCCAUGACCUGUACCCCGGGAUCAACAUCGCGGCACAGCGGGCGGAUCCGGGCUCGGUGCUGGCGUUUUGGAAACGCAUGAUUGCGCUGCGCAAGGAGCAUCGGGAUGUUUUUGUCCACGGGGCGUUUGAGCUGCUUGGUGCGGAGGACGAGAACACUUUUGUUUUUGUCAAGACGUAUGAGGGGAAGAGGGCUUUGGUUGUGCUGAAUUUUACGGGCGAAGAGCAGCGGGUUGAGUUGCCGGAGGGGAGGUUUGAGUUGCUUGUUGGUAAUUAUGGUGGUGAUGGAGGGGAUUCUAGUGUGCUGAGGCCGUGGGAGGGGCGUGUGUAUAUGGAGGAGCGUUAA